CGCAAUAAAGCAACGGCAUAAGAAUCAAACGCAAAAAGGAAAAGGCAAAGACAAGAGCGCAACACAAACACACACACACACACACACACACACACACACAGGAGAUACGUGUGCGUGUAAGCAGCCAAAAUAAGAUAAAGAUUAUAUAUGUAUGCAUAUGCAGAGCAUGACAAGAAACAAAAGUAAAUAAAAAUCCCCCGCAAUAAAUGCUGAAAUUCGCUGGAGAGUAGCGGGAGAAGCAAAUCAAAGCAAAGCAAAGCGAAGCGUGUGCAAUAGCUAAGAGAGAGUGUUUGUGAAGAGAGAGGGAGAGACAAAUUACGAUAAGUGUUAUCAGACAGCAAGAGAAACCAACAACAAAUGGCCGACUCCGAUCUCAGUCCGCUGCCGUUCCGUCGCGAGCGCAAUCUGAGCAACCGAAACUUCAACAAGCGCAACUCUCGGCGCCGCAUUAGCCAGCAGCAGGCGGCGGCGGAGCAGGAGCGCCAACACAGUGCCAACAUGGAAGCCGACGGCGCCGGACAGCGUGACAGUACCGUGAGCAGCAGCUCCAGCUCCUUCCAGCUCUCCUACUCGGUCAACUCCGACACGGAGAGUGCCUUCCAGCGGCGCUCUCUGCUCAAAAUGCGCGAGCCCGAGGAGGUGGGGGAGGGCGAGGCAGCGCCCCAGACGCCCACAACGCCAGAUCCCGCGUGGCUCGAUGUGCGCCAGAAGGUGCAGCGCUUCGAGACGCUAAAGACAACCAUUGGAUACCUGCGCCAGGAGAGACACAGCCUGAAACUGCUCGAGAACCGUCGACACCCGUCGUUCGAGGAUUAUGCGGGGGAGCACAGGACGCCGCCGGCCACACCGCCGCGACGCAUCCGUCUGCCCGGCCUGGCCGGCAGUCGGAGCAGCUCCAUACCCAGCACACCCGGCACCACCACCAGCAGCAGCAUCAGCGAGGUGCGCUCCGAGGACGAGGUGGAUCAGAUAUCGGACUUUGAGACGGAUCCACAUGCCACCAGGGAGUACGUGCUGACAGAGAGCGCCUCCGAGGUGUUGCCCGGCCAUGCCGCAGAGGACUCGAACGAUGAUGAGUCGAGUGGCCAGCAGGUGCAGCGUUCGAUCAGCGUCGAUCAAGCAGCAGUAGCAGCAGCGGCGAACCACACAUUGCCGCUGAAAAUGCGCAAAGAUCCAGAUUUUCCAAGAAACUAUCGCUCCACGCCGAGACGAAAGACUGAAAUUAUUGGCACAACAAAUCAGCAUCUCGUGGGCAAAUUUCACUCGGUCUACCAGCCCAAGGAUGAGGAGGAGGAAGUGGAGAUCGAGCUGCGGGACAAGAGCGACAAGUGCGUGCAUCCCAUACUGGAGGAGCUGAUCAAGACGGAGGAGGCCUACGUGAACAAUCUGUACACGGGCUUCGAGAACUAUGGCGACAUCUUUCAGCGCAAGGACCUGCCACUGGGUCUGCGCGGCAAGAAGUACGAUCUCUUUGGCAACAUCGAACAGAUCGCCGAGUUCCAUCGCGACGAGUUCCUGCCGAUGCUGCAGCGCAACAAACGCGAUCUGAAGCGCCUCUUCGACGAGUUCCUGCAGCUGCUGGAUCAAAACUGCUUCUAUGGCUACGUGAUCUUCACCAUGAACAAGCAGAAGUCAUUGAAACUCUGCGAUCUCUACAAAAACUACUUCACGAAUAUACGCCUGGAACGCGACGAUAAGCUGGGCAUCAAUAGCUUUCUGGUGCAGCCCAUUCAGCGCAUGGCCCGCUAUCCCCUGCUCCUGACGCAGUUCAUCAAUACGUUCUUCAAGAACCGCGACAUUGUGAUGAAGCCGCUCAUUGAGUCCUGCUGUCGGCUGGAGAAGCGACUGCGCACCCUGCUGACCACCACAAACGAAUCGGAGAUCAUCAACGACAUUGUGGACUGCCAUGAGUUCAAUGUGUUCUAUCAGGGCAAGUUUCGGAAGGUGAGCGAGUUCCAGGUGUUCGACUGCAAGCAGAAGCGCAGCUACCGGUCCAAGGUCUUCAUAUUCGACAAGUGCAUCAUCUACACGGAGAUCAAGGGCAAGCAUCUGCUCUUCCACGGUCGCUACCCCUGCGAGCACAUUGGCAUCGCGGCCAAGACCAAGUCCUUCACGCUCUUCUACGAGCGGCGCAAGCAGCAGGAGUGCGAAUUCACCGCGGAUCCGGCACAGAUCACGCUCUGGCUGGACCUCAUACGCGACAUGAUCAACAACUUUGCCAACGAGGAGCGCCAGAAGCUGCAGGAGCGAUACUGCCGCGAGAACGAUCAUCUGCACCGGAAGGCGCCCAGCUUCUCGCUCUACCGCGACUCCAAUCGCUUCAGCACCGACAGCGGCAUCGGCAACAUUUGGAUCAUGCCCAAGCCGGACGAGGAGACGGCCAGUAAUCGCAGCACUUGGUAUGCCAACUCGUAGGCAAUAAACCACCGCCCCAGAGCCAGUGCGGGACAUGGCACUUGGCAGUCCGAUCAGAUCGGUCCAUGGGAGACCGACAGUUAAUAGAUUUCGCCUCGCACGGAGAGCAACUUCCAGUCCGGAAAUGCUGCGGACAGCCCCCCAGGGGCCAUUUCAUGGCAAAAUGGAAAAGCGAAAAGCGAAAGGAAAAGGAACAUUUCAAGUUGAAAGCUAAAUCACCAAAAAUAUUACUCUAAGUUUAGUUUAUUGUUUAAUUAAAUUCUUUAUAAAAUUGUUGUU